CGGCUGGGUGGACCAAACUGAAUUAUGGGUCUUUCCGAGCCUCGGACAAACUAGGUCGGGCGCCAGCUACAGCUGUCUUUAGAACAUCUCAGGUAUUGGAUAAUGGUCCAAAGAUGACUAAUGUAUUUCAUUUCCGCCCCGGGCGCCUUCACUCUCACCGACUCACUCCGUCAAUGUUGUCACGCACCAUUCACUCGUCGCAUACAAUUCGUCUUUGCCCCAUGUCCUCACUUGUUCCCUCACUUUCGGGGCUCGGUCAAACACGUCAUUCUAAGAAUCGGUCUAGAAUACCUCUUCCUUCGCGCUGCACUCGUCGUCAAUUCUCCCGAUCGGUUUGCAGGUUAGAGUCCUUGUAUGAUGUACUAGAGAUUCCUCGCACUGCCUCCAAGCACCAGAUAAAGGCUAGCUUUUAUAAGCUGAGUAAAAAGUAUCAUCCUGACCUCAAUCUGACUGGGAAAGAGGGGGCGGAGGUAAAGUUUGUGGCUGUUAGUAAUGCUUGGUCCGUGCUGGGCGAUGAGAGGAAAAGACGAGCGUACGACCGGGAACUGGAUCAAGCUGCCAAAGCACCGUCAUUCAGACCGUCAGCCUCUAGUGGUGCUGGUGGCGAAGACUUCCACCGACGCCCACGUGCGACGCAUGCAUGGAGACAUCCUCGUUCUUCCGAUUUCUCCCAGAGUGACCAUCCAGGACGUCGUGCAGGUGGUAGUGGCCAUUACACACGGCAGGAAACCGGGCCUUAUCACGAUGCCUCGCCUCGUACACCUGGUGGAAGACGUACCACUGGAGGCUCUUCAGGGAGGAAAGACCCAUUGGAGGGACAGGAUCAGAGUGAUCGGCGAAUACAAGCUGAUAGUGGGGUGUGGCGCUUUGCGCAGGUGUUUGGGGUUUUCUGGAUCGUGACCGCUCUUGCUGGAGGAUUCUCUGUGAACGCUGCUUGACAUUUUCUGCUUAUUGUACAUGCGCUUUUAGAGGUUUUUUUUUAAUGUUAUAUUUUACAGACUGAAUAAUGUGGCCCAACGAUAAUGUAUUCUACAAUUUCACAUCUACGUGCGCUUGACCUGGCGUCCAAAUGCGCUUCAACACCGUUCUUUCCCCCAACACUCACGAUCUUUACAUGGUUCACCCACGCCCAACCCACGCUUGUUGUCAUGCCUCUGUUCUCCGAGGAGCGUGGCGUCGAAUUGGUCACGCCCCACUUUCAAUUGGACUUCACCUUUCCCCAGAUCGUUCAACACUAUGACCGCCCCAAAGCAGUUCGCGUCCUAUGUUGAUGCCAAUGCCGAGAGCUAUAUUCAAAGGCUUGCAAAAGCAGUUGCGAUUCCUAG